GAAAAAACAUAGCAAAAACCCAGAAGAGUUUUUUUCUCCCAACAAGACCAAACUAGAGAACAAGUAACCAUAAAAGGCAAACAGAGAGAGAGAAAGAGAUUCACAAGUUUGGUUACUUUAUUUUUACUCCAAAGUUAUGAUUUUCACAUCUCAGACAGCAUUUUCCUCUGUCUUUUUCUCUUUGUGAUUUUCUCCUCUUCUUCUUCUUGUUUUGGGUUUUCCAAGAAAACCAAGAUACAAAAGAGAGGAUCUAGUAAGCACAAGUGAAGCAGCUAUAAACCAAAUCAAGAAGAAACCUCUGAGCUAUAAAGACAUUUAAUUGGAAAGAAAAAAAUGGCUGAGCCGACAAAACUAAGACUAGUUCGUUGUCCGAAGUGUGAGAAUCUCUUAUCAGAGCCUGAAGAUUCUCCUUUCUUUCAGUGCGGUGGCUGCUUCACCGUCCUUCGUGCCAAAGUGAAGGAGCGUGAAGUAGAUUCUGUUUCAGACAAGUCCGUGGAAGAUAGAGCCAAACCAGUUUCAGUUAACUCUACUAGUUCCCCUGAGAAAGCUAUUGCUGAUUCUAGUCAAACCUCGUCAUCUGACUCUGAUGUUCCAUCAGCUUCUCCAUCUUUGAGACACCAACUAAACAUUCCAGUGGCCGUUGAGAGUGAGCCUUGUUCAAAAACUAAGGCUUUGGAUGCAUUAGGGGAUAAAGAUGACCCUAAAUCUCAAUCCGGGAGACAAGAAUCCGGUUUGGACCGGUUUAGGAAAAGAACAACCAAGAGAUGUGACUCUGAUAGUGCCAUCAACAUCAACAACAACAGAUUGUCUACUUCAAUGUAUCCUCCUCCUCCUUGUGAUGAAGGCACUUCUUCUUCUUCUGGUCCUAACCACUUGCAUGAGUUUCAGAAACAUUUGAAAGAUCAGAGCCGUGAAGCCAUUGAGCAAGACAGAGCUGGACUUCUGAGACAGUUGGAUAAGCUCAAAGAACAGCUUGUUCAGUCUUGCAAUGUCGCUGGUGACAACAAACCUAAAGAACAGGUUCCACCUGUUUCUUCUUCUUCUACUUCCACUGGGUUGAACAACAAGGCUCCUCCAGUGCGGUUCUACAGUUCAGGAACAGGUCCUUAUUACCAUCCUGAACCACAGUUUCCUUACAACAACCACAACAGUGAUGUCUCUAUGCACCAUGGUCAUGGUCUGAUGCAUCCUUCUUAUGGAAGAGGACCUCAUCCUUACUUCUCCGGACAGUAUCUUGGUAAUAACAAUGAUCUCUUUGACGCAUACCCGCAAAACGGACCAUUUCAUCACUCAUCUUGCACUUGUUACCACUGUUGGAGAGGCUCAGUGAUCCCUGAUGCACCUUACAACGCUGGCUUUUAUCCUCCUGAGAGUGUUAUGGGCUUUGCUCCACCGCAUAAUCCUAGAACCUACGCUCCUCCUCGUGGUCUGCAUCAUCAGCCUCCUCAUGGAAGAUGGCCUAGUAACAACGCUGCUCAGAUGGACUCUCUUUCACGGAUCCGUCCAGCUAAAGUUGUGUUAUCAGGUGGUUCUCGUCAUAUCCGUCCUUUGGCAGGUGGUGCUCCUUUCAUAACGUGUCAGAACUGCUUUGAGCUUCUUCAACUGCCGAAGAAACCUGAAGCUGGAGGGAAGAAAGAGCUGAAGAUGAGAUGUGGUGCAUGCUCUUGUUUGAUAGAUUUGUCUGUUGUCAAUAACAAGUUUGUUCUCUCUACAAACAACACAACGAGACAAGGAGGAGAGGCUCGUGUAGCUGCUGAUUACACUUCUGAUGACUAUGAUCUUCUUGGUUACGUGUUUCAUUCUUUAGAUGAUGAACCAAGAGACUUGCCAACUGCUCAAGACAUGCAAAUCGUUCAUUCUCACUCCGCUAGCCUCUCAGAGGACGAGCUAAGCUCAGACAGUCUAACAGCUAAACCACUUGACUCGCCUCUUCAGGAAAACUUUGCUAACUACUCUUCAAUCAACCACGAGAGGACUGGAGCAGGGAGCCGUAGCUUUAGUUCAGAACAGGAGAGGGUGACACUGAGUAAGACAAUGAGACAGAACUCCAUGAAGGAGGUCUCACUUGCAAGUGAGAUGGAGGUUUCUUUCAAUGACUACUCUCAUCACAACAGUGGAGUAUCUAAAGAUCAACAUCAAAGAUCAAAGAAGAAUGGGUUCGCUAGCAUUGUGAAGAAAAGCUUCAAGGAUCUGACAAAGUCUAUUCAGAACGAUGAAGGGAACAGAAGCAGUGUUUCUAUAAAUGGACAUAAUUUAACAGAACGUAUGCUUAGAAAAGCAGAGAAGCUAGCAGGAGCCAUUCAGCCAGGAAACUACUGGUAUGAUUAUAGAGCUGGAUUCUGGGGAGUAAUGGGUGGUCCAGGACUUGGAAUAAUACCGCCAUUCAUUGAAGAGUUAAACUUCCCAAUACCAGAGAACUGUGCAGGUGGAACAACAGGAGUGUUUGUGAACGGAAGAGAGCUUCACCGUAAAGAUUUGGAGUUGCUUGCAGGUAGAGGGCUUCCUCCAGACAGAGAUAGAUCAUACAUUGUUGACAUUACUGGUAGAGUCAUAGAUGAAGACACUGGUGAAGAGCUUGAUUGCCUUGGAAAACUUGCCCCCACGAUUGAGAAGAUGAAGCGUGGGUUUGGGAUGAGAACUCCAAAGAGAGUUACGUGAAGGAGAGAUGCUUGUGGAGCAAGGCGUCUACAAAUUUGUUAAGACACUAGUAAUUAUUAUUUGGUUAGUUUUCUCCAAAACUAGUUGUUACCUAGUAUCAUGUUGAAAUCUAAGAACAUAUAAUAUCUCCAAUCUUUUUUUAUGUCAACGAAAAGCUUGCUCAAUGUGUUGACCCUCCUUCAUAACAUCCAACAAAGCAAAU